UACAAACCCCCCCCAUUCCCAAAUUCCCCUCGCCAGAAUCUCGUUCGCAUCCCAGUCAUUCUCUCCCCCCAAGUCCCACUCCAAUCUGCUGCGCAAUCACUACAAGAACCGUCGCUCCUCCCGCGCGUUCCACGUACCGACGACCUCGUUGGCCUUUCCACUGCGUCUUCUCCGUUCCCUUCUGCUUCCUUCCUGCGCGAGCGCCCGCCGCUCGCCUCAUCUUUGAUCCCCAGCCUAAAGCGUGACCUGCCUGGCGCUUCGUCGCGAUUUGCUCUCAUACAGAGUGCGCCCCCCUCGCCCGAUCUUCUCUCGGUUACUACGAUCAUUCGCCCGCAAACAGCUCCUUGCAGCGUCUCGCAUGCACGCCAUUGUCCAGCACCGGCGCAUCAACACUGCCACCUGAUCUCACUGCAGCAGGCCUCUGCCUUGGCUCUUCAUUCGUGCCCUGGUACGGCGCGCACUUGCCGGUCCUUCUGUGUAAACACGAACUGCGUGCUGCAGCUCUGCUCUGCUGUGCUGCUGCUUCGUUGCGCAACCGCGCCCGGGCCUUGGCUCCCAUAGUCCGUCGCCUUCUCCAUCCUAUAUCCAUCCAUCCCCCCCGUGGACUGCGAGCAAUUGAACAAGGUGUGCACGCCCGCCAGCUGGUCUUGCUGUGCAGCUUCUUCACGUUCAAUUCUGCCGCCUUCACCAAACAUGCCUUCUUCUUACCGCUGCCAACGCUGAGGGCGCCCCAAACCCAUACUUGCCAUUCAACAUGAGGACCGAAAGCUCCAUAGACUAUGACCGUGCCAACGGCAUCCGCUCGGAACCUGCUGCAUCUCCCCUCACGAAGCCGCUUCCGAUGCACCAUGUCGCUUCCUCCAUGCAAUUCUCUGUCGCCUCCCUAUCCGCAACAAGCAACAACUCCUCGAGGGUCAGUCUCAUCUCCAACUCGUCCCAGCCUCGGACCAACGUGCCAAUCCAUCACUCGCCGGACGGCAUCCUUCCCAUGCAGGCGCUGUCCUCCUCUCUGCCGUCUUCCAUGGCGCUCCCGGAUUCCAUCUUGCCAACCUCGAGCGCUCCGACGUCGCCGCCUGUCAUGUCCCCCAGCGCCAUGGCCGAAGCAGUAGCCAUGUCACGGGGUGGCCUCAUCCGGAGGCUGUCGCGGGGUGCGCACAACAAGAUCGUGCGUCGACGACCGUCGACGACGAGCUCGCACCGUGACGUCUCCGUGGGACCCGCCAUCAUGCGGCGGAGAAGCGACAGCAACAAGGGCAUUCCAGACAGCGGCAUCGACAUCUCCGAUCUCGACUUGGACUCGAACGACGACGAGGCCGUAGAGGACUUGAGCGAGCAGUACUUCAGCCUCGGCAGCACCUCGCAUCCCUCCCAAACCAGUGGUAUCAAUAGCGGCACUCUGUCGUCCCGGCCCAGCAUUGGCUCCCUCGACUCGGGACUCGCGCCCGCUUUUCCUCUGUCCCUUCAGCAGGGCAUGUGGCUCACAAAGGUCUCCAAGAAGAAGAGAAAGUGGAUGAUGUUCCGUUUCGACUUCGAAGCUGGCAAGAUCCUCUGGGACCCACAGCGCCCCUCGAAACAGAUCUACAUUGACGACAUCCAGGAGGUGCGUGAGGCCAAGGACGCCCGCGAGUACCUGGAGCAACUGCAAAUCCCUGCCGACCAGGAGUCGCGCUGGUUCACCGUGGUGUACGCCAAUCCGAACGCUUCCAAGGGCCGCAGCCUGAAGACGUUGCACAUCGUGUGCCCGGACGAGGACACGUGCCACCUCUGGGCCGAGACCAUCGAUCGCGUCCAGCGACUGCGGAUCCGCACCAUGACGGACCUGGUCAAGGGCGACGAACGGAGCAUCAAGGGCAUCUGGAAACGCGAGACCAGAGGCGAUCCUAACGCCAGACUCGACUUCCAAAGAGCCAAACAGCUGUGCCGGAAGCUGGACGUCAACUGCUCAGAGCACACCUUGAAGUACUACUUCAAUCACGCCGACACGGACAACUCGAGGGAUCUGGAUUACGCGCAGUUCGAGAGCUUCGUCAAGUCGGUGCUGGAGCGACAGGACCUCAAGAAGAUCUUCAACAGCAUUCGCCAGCCUGGCAACCCCGAGCUGGACGAGCGCUCGUUCCUGGACUUCCUUCAGCACACGCAGGGCAUUGACACAAGCGCGCGCCCGGAAUACUGGGCGAACGUUUUCGAGACCCACGCGAAGCGAUGCAGGCCAAAGGGCGCAACCUCACCCGUCGCAUCCGAGCACAAGGAGUACACGAUGAACUUCGCCGCCUUCCAAGACCUCAUGACCAGGACCAGUCUCGGCAAGGGUAUCAACACUUCGCGUACCGAGCAGAAGCUUGACCGGCCCCUCAACGAGUACUUCAUCUCGAGUUCGCACAACACCUACCUUCUGGGACGACAGGUUGUCGGCCAGUCCAGCACGGAGGCGUACGUCUCGGCUUUGACUCAGGGCUGCCGCUGUAUCGAGAUCGACUGCUGGGACGGCUCCGACGGUCGGCCCAUAGUCGUGCACGGACGAACGUUUACGAGCAGCGUCCUGUUCGCGGACUGUGUCAAGGUCAUCAACGAGUACGCGUUCGAGGCGUCCGAAUACCCACUCAUCAUCUCGCUGGAGGUGCACUGCAAUCCCGAGCAGCAGGCCACCAUGACCGACAUCAUGAAGAAUGUCUUCGGCGACAAGCUCGUCCUGCAGCCUCUCGACGAAUCUUCCGAGGUUCUGCCUUGCCCAGAGGAGCUCAAAGGCAAGAUUCUCAUCAAGGUCAAGGCUGCCGAGUCCGAAGACUUGGCCGCAAAGCCUGAGGGUCCCCCGGUCACGCGACGCCCACGUGGCCUCAGCUCUCCCUUCUCCCGUCCAACCGUCUCCGAUCCGACCAGCAUGCCGCCCGGCUACUCGCUGUCAAGCCCCCCGACGAUGUCGCCACAGCUCAACGGCAGCCUGUGGAACAGCUCGCGAGCCUCCAUCGCCUCGGGUGCGUCUGCAACGCCCAUCAGCCCCAACAGCUCGGCCGAGGAGAGCGACUUCGUUUCGGAGCACAAGCCCCGUCGACGAAAGACGAGCAACAUAGUCAAAGUCCUCGGAGAGCUCGGUGUCUACACUCAGGGCAUCAAAUUCUCCGACUUUCGCGCGCCCGACGCUCGAAGCUACAAUCACGUCUUCAGCUUUAGCGAGCGCACCUUCGAGGGUCACUGCAGGCGAGACAAGGAGGCCCUUGAGAGGCACAACCGUCGCUUCCUCAUGCGCGUUUAUCCCGCAGCGCACCGUGUGGGCUCGACAAACUUUGAGCCACUGCGUUUCUGGCGUCGCGGGGUGCAGAUGGCAGCUCUCAAUUGGCAGACGUAUGACCUUGGCAUGCAGCUGAACGAAGCCAUGUUUGCCGCGGGAAACGAUCAGACCGGAUACGUUCUCAAGCCGGAAGAGAUGCGACCCAUCGGUGGGUCUGCCGUCUUCGACAUUCCGUCGCCCAAGAAACCGAGAAAGCGCGUCAAGUUCUCGGUCGACGUCUUGUCCGCUCAGCAGCUUCCUCGGCCUCGCGACCUCAGUCACGCCGCCAACAUGAACCCCUACAUUGAGGUCGAAGUCCACAUCGCUGAGGACAAAGCCCACGGUCUCGCCAUCGGCGAAGGCGGCACGGAUGCGUCGGCACGCGACGGCAUGUCAGGCAUCGGUUCUCCUUUGCGCAAGCGAACUCGCAUCGUGCUCAACAACGGAUGGGAUCCACAUUUCAACGAGCCAAUGUCCUUCACCGUCGAAACCAAAUAUCCCUCCCUUGUUUUCGUGCGGUGGACGGUGUGGAACUCGCCGGACGGCCAAAGCCUGAGUUCCAGCAGCGUUCCGCUUGCCUCGUACACGGCCAAAUUGGACUCGUUGCAGCAAGGUUACCGCCACAUCCCACUCAAAAACGCGCAAAGUGAGCAAUUCUACUUCUCCACACUGUUCUGCAAGAUCAAGCGCGAAAACCCCACCGUCGUCGAAGAGGUCGCACCGGCGUCGAAUGGCUCCGAGGACUCGUCGCCAACCACGCCCGUCAACAACGAGUCCAAGACCGGCUUCCUCAAACGCGUCCUCAGCCGCACUCCAUCGCAGCGGAAGAGGCGCGACGGCGAGCCCGAACGCGGACGGUUGUCGCGCACUGCAUCGACCGAACGGCAGUGAGCACCGCGGACACAUUGCGACUGUGUGCACUGCUAAACCGAAAAAAAAAAAGCUUGUAUUACUAUUCCUACUACCACAGCUCUAGUUUCCC